GUUGUUUAAUUUAACAAGUAUCUAUUCAAGUAGUUUCGUGUAAGGUGACAUUUCAGUUGGACAUUAUAUUCAUUAGAUGGAUAUUGUUUUAAGUGAUUAAGUUAUUUUAUAUCGGAAUGGAAUGAGUAAUGUUCGUGUAUUCAGCAUCACCCUAUAAGGGUAAGACAGAAGCCAAGCUGGCGAGAGUUACAUGCCAUGAGUACUAUGGCCUACAGAGAGAUUAAUAAUGAUAUCAAACAGGAGUCAUCUACACAUUUUCACGACCUAUUACACGCCCAGCUAUCGGCUGAGGACAGCAGAAACAUUGACAAAACAGACUCGGCGGAGGAGUCAGGGGAGUCUCCUCUUGACUUCUCUAUAAAACGGAAAUCCACAAGUUACGAUGAAGUAUCUGGGUCAGACUCCCUGUCCUCACCAGCCUCCUCUCUAAAUGACACUGGGGGGCAUCAAGAAGACAGGAAGAGUAGUGAUACAGAUGGUUUGAACAAUAAAUCCGGAUCCUCUAUGGAAUCCCCUCCAGAAAGAUCUCCUGUUUUUCAUCAUAAACAGUUUAAAGUUGAUCAUUUUCGACAGAAUUUAUCUCCCGUCCACGAAAGAAUUGGUCAGCCUAGAGCUGUAGAACAAGGCCUACCUCAUAUGCUCAAUGAGUUGCAAAUGGGCUUUUCCAAUGCAAAUGUGCUUGCCAACUCAUUCCCAGCUAUGGCAGCUCUAAUGGAUCAAAGACGACUUUCAGGGAGCUCAAAAGGGACUCGACCCUUUAAAGCAUAUCCUAAAGAUUCCUUAUCUGUUCAGGUCGAAUCUGGUGCUCCAAUGAUUCCGCAAUAUUUGACUUCAUUUGCUAAUUUUGAAAACAGUGCUAUUACGCAAGGACUUAACUUAUCUUCGGAGGAAGUAUUUAGUAUUUAUAAACAGCAGUUAUUAGCGCUCAGGGAAAGAGAGAAAUAUUUAGAAAACCUCAAGUUAUCUCAGGAACAGUUUGUAAGUAGAACUAGUACAUCAACAACCUCACCUUCACCUGGCUCAUCAAUUCCUACAUCAGUCACAUCCGUGCAUUUAUCAGGUCGAAAUAACGGCCUGCAUAGUAACAUUCUUGGCAGUUUGCCAAGCGGACCACCUAGUUCACGUUCAACACCAACAGAUUUUGCAAGUGAUUCCUCGAAUAAUAACAGCAUUACGCAAUUAUCCAAUGCUCCAUCACUUACCGCUGGAGGACGAAGACGACCGAGGUCAUUACCAGAUGAACAAAAGGACGAGGCGUACUGGGAACGAAGACGAAAAAAUAACGAGGCUGCUAAAAGGUCACGUGAUGCAAGAAGAGCAAAGGAGGACCAGAUUGCCAUAAGAGCUGCACUUUUAGAACAAGAAAAUCUUAAACUCCGGGUUGAAGUGGCCGCUCUGAAAACCGAGACUGCUAAGUUAAGAUGUAUGUUGUAUAAUAGUUAAAUAAUACUAUAGAUCUGAAGAGUGUACAAAUAACAACAAGCAAAAUGAAAAUAAAUCCACAGACAAAACAUAAGCUGCUGUUGGAGUGAUCUGUUACGGAAAAAAUGAUUCAUUCGAGAAAACCAGCAGCUCUGUGCGAAGAUAAUCAAAGUGCAUGGGAGAUUAAUGAGUAAAUCAUGGAUUUAGUACUUACUCUGACGCCAUAUAACCUUGAAGAUGAAUAGGUAAACAUGUAAUGGAUCUUUCUGAUGUUUCCUACUUUAACGUUGAUCCAAAAUCAUCUUGAUGUUUACCUUUUAUGCAAUAUUGUUUAGGGCUAUUAUUUGUGCGGAAGUACAUAACAUAUUUUUCAAAAGUGUUCUAACAUAUCUAUAAAAGUGCUUUGUUUUCUCUUUUGUAAAUAGUUUACAGACUUUUUUUACAGUUUUUGAGCUCAGGGAUGAAUUUACGGACAUUAAGAAGCAUACAAAAUUAGUUGAGUUUAGAUUAACGUCCUAAAUUCUAUAUAUUAUGACUAUUAUAUGGCGAUGCUCAAACAAAAGGUGAUAUCACAUCAUUGUAUAUAGUAUCAUUUUUAAAUUCAUUAACUUACUUUACAUAUUCAUGUUCAUGUACUCUGAAAUUUAGACAAAGUGGUGUUAUUUCCGACAAAAUACUUGUACAUAAGUUUUUACCGUUAACAAUAGUAGGUCUACUCAAACUCAUUACUUUCGUAAUUUUCUUGUAUUUUGUCGAAAAUACUCGUUUUUUUCCAAAACAAGUUGUAGUUCUACUUUUGGAUACUGAGUUUAAAUUGUGUCAAGGGUAUUAGACACAUGUAGCUGUUGCACCACAAGAUUUUGUAAUGUGCAUCAUCGGACAAGCCAAACGUGUUAAAUCACCUAUUGAUCAGUACCAAAAGGUUUGUCAAUGUCAUGCGUGAACCAAUUUGCGGUGGGGUAAGGUCUUGAAUGGCCCAUUCUGUGAUGGAGUGAGGUCUUGUUUGAGCCGCUCUGUGAAUGAGUAGGCUCUUUCAUGAACCAUUCUGUGAUGGAGUAGGGUCUAAAAUUGUAUGAGCCGCCCAUUGGAGUAAGGUCUUGCAUGAGCCACUCAGUGAAGGAGUAGACUACUGCAUGAACCAUUCUGUGAUGGAGUAGGGUCUAAAAUUGUAUGAGCCGCCCAUUGGAGUAAGGUCUUGCAUGAGCCACUCAGUGAAGGAGUAGACUACUGCAUGAACCAUUCUGUGAUGGAGUAGGGUCUAAAAUUGUAUGAGCCGCCCAUUGGAGUAAGGUCUUGCAUGAGCCACUCAGUGAAGGAGUAGACUACUGCAUGAACCAUUCUGUGAUGGAGUAGGGUCUAAAAUUGUAUGAGCCGCCCAUUGGAGUAAGGUCUUGCAUGAGCCACUCAGUGAAGGAGUAGACUACUGCAUGAACCAUUCUGUGAUGGAGUAGGGUCUAAAAUUGUAUGAGCCGCCCAUUGGAGUAAGGUCUUGCAUGAGCCACUCAGUGAAGGAGUAGACUAUUGCAUGAACCAUUCUGUGAUGGAGUAGGGUCUAAAAUUGUAUGAGCCGCCCAUUGGAGUAAGGUCUUGCAUGAGCCACUCAGUGAAGGAGUAGACUAUUGCAUGAACCAUUCUGUGAUGGAGUAAGGUCUUGUACAUUAUUGAUGCAACUGCAUCUGCAAUGAAAAUAGAAUAAGAACAUAGCUUUUGCAUCACAAUGGGUCCAAAAACAGGCACCAGGCUAAAAUAUACUUUAUUGAUUUAUUUAAGAAAGGGAGUUGCGUAGUGUUCGUUAUUUGUCUCAGUCAACGUUUAAACACGAAUUCUCCAAACUCAAAGAAAGUACAUGAACAUUAUUUACCUAGCUAUGAUGUCAAGUAAUCUAGUGUCCGUUUUACAUUUCCGUAAUUGAAGUAUUUACAUCUCGUAAUAUAAGUGUUCACAUCCAAUAUGACCAUACAGCAACAAGGACUUUCAUAAACAAAGGAAAAGCGCCCUCUCUCUCUUUUCAUCAUAAAAUUAAAAAGUGACAUAUUCUGUAUGGUAGAUGCACCUUUUUCGAUUAUUUUAUGUGUAGUUUCAUACAGGUCAUUCUACUUCUGGUGGUCUGAAAUAACAAAUAGUAGAUCUAAUAUAUUUUUCAGUACAUUUAUAGGAUUACAUGAUAAAGAUUCAAAUAUUAUUGUGUGAAGUGAGCCAGUAUACAAAAAUUAAAUUCAGAUAUGUUUAUUCCAUUCAUGCCUAGUUUUAUUCAGUUAAAAAAUCUAUGAUCAAAUUUUUAUGGUCAUUCCAAACCACAGAUGUUAGAUCUAGAGUAUUUCCUGUCUUGUGUUAAAGAAGAUUUAAAUUUAUAUUAUGCAUAUGAAUAUGUCAAAUGUAAACAGUAUUUACGGGUGAAGCUUUCAUGCUUGGGAUAAUCAAAAUGUAUAUGUGCCUAUAUCUGUGAAAAUUUAAAAGAAAUUUUGAAGAAAAAUGUACAUGUAAAUGCUUGCACAGCAUUCCAGAAUACAUGUUUAUAUCUUUAUUGUUUUUGUGUGUUAAACAUUUUAGUUCAGGUCGUUUAGUUUACAUGCAUUUAACAAUCAUUUGACAUAGAUGUGUAUUAUUUAUUGAAAUUUCAUUGAUUUACGUUAUAUUUCCACAAAAUGUUGAAAGUUAAUCGUCAUGUUAUAUGUGAUAGAGUAUGUCUUUUUAAACUUAUUGAUAUUACACCAGCCUUUGCUAUUUUGCAAUUGAUAUUUCGAACAAAAGCUUCUACCGAUGUUAAAAAUGUUCAUUCGACGAAAAACGAAUUUGUGAUUUUUCAUUACAACAUUGGUUUUUUCAUUCUCUUACAUUUCAUAUUGUCAAUUUAAAACUGGUCAAACACAUGCUAGUCAAUAAGCGGGUAUAGUAUUUCUAUAAAUUGUAUUCUUUAUACAAACAUUUGAGUCACUCAGUAUUGAAUGAAAUACCAUUCAACCAAAAAUACAUCGUAGUAAAUGUACAGAGCUACCCUAUGAAACCUCUUUGCAUUCAGUUAAAUCAUCUAAUAGUUUCAAAAUUAUGUAUCUUGACGAGACGUACUUUUCUGGCAUCUCUGUAUCAAAAUUGUUAAUUGUUGGUUUUGAUUGAUGUUGAUGAUGGAAAUACCUUAGUUUGUAACACUAUCAAUGAGAAAAAAGUCAUUAUUGAAAUAUAUAUAUCGUGGUUUCGAUUAA